UCAAUGGCCAAUCUUGCUGCAGCACUUUUUGAGGCAGAACAAUUUGAUGAAGCAGAGGAGCUGGGAAAGCGAAUGUUAGACGAGAGGGUAGAGGUCUUGGGAGACAAUCACCCUGACACGCUCGUGUCUAUGUCCAACCUUGCUACGGUAUAUAAGAGCCGGGGCAGAAGGGAAGAGGCAGGAGAUCUGAUGGUCGAAACAAUCCAAAGACAGAGCAGUCAACUUGGAGAGGAGCACCCCUCUACACUCAUUAGCAAGUUCAACCUGGCCUUGAUACGCCUGGAACAAGGGCAAUGGGAAUUAGCAGAAGAUGCAUUGGUCAGAAUUCUGGGAAAGAUGGAGACCGUGUUGGGGAGGGAGCAUGAAUGUACAGUC